GAUGCCUGGUACCUCAUGGUCAAGUCCUCUCCAAUGGGGACUCCUCAGAGGCUUGGUCCCAGCUGCUCAGGCUGGCAUCUGUCUCCUCAGGCCAGAGCCCGAGGCGCCGCCAGCGAUCAGGUCCCGGGCCGGCUGCCAGCCACAGGCCCAAGUAAACGCUGAAUGAAGGGCAGAUGGAGGAACCUGUCCCGGUCGGCAGAGGCGCCGCGGACACUUGCGGCGGGCCUGCCCAGCCUCCCGCCCAGCCGGGACCCGGGUCCCGCCGAGGCAGGUGUGCGUGGCGGACUCGCUCUCGGGCACUCCGCGGGCGCAGCUCCACCCAGAGCACCACCGGGCCAGGCCACGCGCAGACCCGAGCCCGGGGCCCCCGCCUCUGGCUGCCGGCCCGCGCCCGCCGCGCGCCCCGCGUUCGUUGCGCGCUCGGCCCCGGUCCCGCCUCCCGGAGGUUUUCGCUUUCGCUUUCCUGCCGAUGUCGUUGAGGAAAAUGAAAGCGGUCGUGGCCAGGACUGGCGCAGCUGCCGUUUCAGGCGAGGGGCGCAGAAUGCAGCGGCGGCCAGCCUGGAGCGCGGGCCCUGGGGCCGCGGCCCGCGCCGGGCGAGGUGGCAGCACACCCUGGCCGCCCCCAACCCCCACGGCAGUCCUGAGGAUGGCCAGCAGCGAAACAAGAAAAUGGACUCCCUGGCUGCUGGAGAGUUGAAUGCCAGCCACCAGCCAUGGGUGCCAGAGCUUGUAGCCUAUUGGAGGAAAACACACCAAGGCACAAACGCUGAAAGCAACAGCUGGCAAAGGCAUCGCUUUGUAGCAGCUUGGAAGACACCACCAAAGAAGCUCUCAUGGAAGCGGCAGAUUUCCUGAAGUGACUGGAACGCAGGGAAGGAGGGCAGUCGGGGAGAACCGAGAACAGCCCCCCUGCCAACUCCACCCAAUUCCUCUCCUCACCUGAAAUGUCUCAUCCUUGGGAACAGCUGCCCUAACCCCCUAAUCCCACACACUCCUUUGUAGGUUAAGACCCCUGAAGUUGCACCCUCUCAUAGGAGCUAUGCUUUUCAGAGAUCCGUGUGAUUAUUUGCCUAAUGUCUGCCCCUCCCUCAGGGAAGUGAAGUCUGUGACGCGUGGACCUGGUCUGUGUUGUUCACUGUGCAUCCACGGUGCCUGGGUAGUGCCUGGCAUGCAGGAAGUACACACAAAAAAUAUGUGUUCAUGAGUGAGGGCAGGCCUGAAGAGCCCAAGAGGACAGUGCUCCAGCGAGGGGUCUGCAUCAGGCUCCCCAGUGUCUGGACUGCAUCCCAGCCCCUCCGAGCAACUUCAGGGGGGGAUUCUGUGGACAGAUGCCCCAGCACUUCCGCCCACAGCUCCUACCCCCAGCCUGAGGAAUGCUUUGACUGUCCCCAGUGUGUGCAGGCAGUGGGGAGGUGAUAGGGGGAGGUGUCCCACAUGGCACACUCUCCCUAGCCCUUGCUUUACCCCCCUUACCUAUAUAGAUGGGCUUCACAGCCUCUUCCAGAUAGGCAGGGCACUGAGCUCCAUGGGCCACACCUAAAAAGAAAGGGAGAUAAGCUGGCGCUGGGGGCAUGACAGUGUUUUUGUUUGUUUGUUUGUUUUUUGAGAUGGAAUUU